AUGGGUUCCAUAUCAUCAUUCACCAUCAAAGAUGAGCCAAUUGAGAAUCUACGGCCAUUGAAAGGGAUAGGUGGGACUUGUCCUGGUUGCGCUUGCGAUAUACCCUCACAUUCUUAUCAAUAUUCGUUUGAUCCGAACCCAGAUUGGUCAUCUUUAUACGCACCUGCGGCUGAAAUUUGUGCAUAUCUUCAAGGAAUCGCGAAGACGAAGCUCGGCAUCGAGAAUAUCAGCACAGGUGAAACAUUCGAAGAUGAUGCAGAUGUCUUGAUUUCUGCUCGUGGUAGCUUGAACAACAUAACGUGGCCAGAUAUACCAGGGCUAAAUGCUUUCCAAGGGGAAGUCAUGCAUUCCGCAAAAUGGAAUCAGAAUUAUGACUUCCAGAACAAGAUACUCAAACUUACUGUCUCUUUAGCUGCCAUGGAAUCAAUGGGAUUUGAUGCAAAUCAGCCUGAAUUCUCUCCUGAACAACGCAAAGAAUUUGCCAACAAUCCCCAAGCCCUUCAGUCAUUCCGCAGAAUCAUUGAAGUUGCAGGUAAUACAAUCCAUUGGGCUUCAUUCCGUGAUUCGGAAGUUCAAAAAUACGCCCUUCUAGUUAUUCGAGCAACGAUGAAAGACCGCCUAGCCAAGAAGCCUGAUAUUUUAGAAGCACUUGUUCCUUCUUUCGCAGUUGGCUGUCGUCGUCUAACACCCGGGCCUGGAUAUCUCGAAGCUCUCACCGCUCCGAAUGUUGAUAUUAUCUCCGAGGAAAUCGACUCCAUCACCUCCAACUACGUUAGACUCGAAAGCGGAAAAGAGAUCCAUCUUGAUGUACUUGUUUGCGCUACAGGCUUUCAUACCACUAAUAUUCCUCGAUUCUCCAUCAUUGGUAAGCAUGGACAAUCUCUUGAAAAAAGAUUUACUCCAUAUUCAGAGACUUAUCUUUCUAUCACCGUCAAUAAUUUCCCCAACCUGUUAAUGAUGCUAGGCCCCAAUUCCAAUAUCGGAUCCGGAAGCCUCACGAGAAUCCUAGAAAGCGAAGGUGAUUACAUCGUAAAAUGUAUUCGGAAACUCCAGAAAGAAGACUCUGCAUCCAUGGUGCCCAAGAAACAGCGAGUCAACGAUUUCUCCGAAUAUUGCAAGGCGUAUUUUGAAAAGACGAUCUAUCUGGAUGAAUGCAGAAGUUGGUAUAAAGACCCCGAAUUAAACAGAAUCACGGGUCUAUGGCCAGGCAGUACAUUGCACGCUCUAGAAGCAUUUAGAUCCCCUCGAUGGGAAGAUUUCGAGUAUGAGCCAAGGAAGGGAAGUGGAGGGGAGUGCAAUGCACUGAAUCGGUUGGGAAAUGGCUGGAGCGUUACGCAAUUGGGAGCGGGUGAUCAAGCUUGGUAA